GGGCUUCCUUCUUUCCCCACUUGCCUUCCUCUUCAACAACUCCUGGCCCCACCCCACUGCCAGCAUGCCAGAGGGCUCUUUGUGGUUCUUGUGCAGUUGACGUGACCUCAGUUAAUAAGAUCUCAUCACUCAGAACAGAGCCUUGCACCCAGAUGUCAGAUGUGAACUGUGUGAUUCUUUCUGACCUUGGAGAAGGGGUAGCAGAUGGGGCUGCCGAUGAGCGCUGCACCCCUGUUUCAGGGUUCAGGCCCCUCUGAAAGAGGUUUGAGCUGUUAGAGCAAAGCCCUCUGGUUAUGAAGCCAUUUGUCCCAGGGAACAGAAUGAGCCCUUGUGAGACCAGAAACAAUGGGCAUGUUGAGUUGCAGACCUGGGGUGAAUCAAAGCUCAGGCAGAGGCGCAUGGGAUGAAUUGGGACAGUUCAAGGAACACAUUCUUCAUACGCAAGUUUCUGUUGUCAACAAGUCCACUCAGUGGUAAUGACACUUAGUCAGUGGUCAUUCAUGCCUCUGUUUUGAAUAAUUUCCCCAAAUGAGUAAGUCAUGAACUCUUCAAGGUUUUCUUUUCUUCUUCUUGAGUUUUAAUUAGUGUAGUUUUUUUUUGUCCAGAAAUCACCCUGUGAGAAAUGAAUAAAAAUAAGUUUGGGGAGCAGUGUUUUGUAAUUUUUCAGAGCAUUGUUUCCUUUUGUAUCCUGAUGCACCUAUGAAGCUGAUAUUCUUGUGUCUGUGCUACUAAUUUGAUUCCCAGCAAUACAAGUGGGUGUUGCUACUCUCUAUCUUUAACCAAAAUCUUUUGGUGCAAGUUUGUCAAAACUUAGCUCAUUUAGUACCAAGACAGCAGGCAGAGGGUCCCGUAAGCUCUAUAAAAACAUAGCCAGUCUGUUGGCAAGGUUGACUGGAAGUCCCAUCUAGUUCUUGCUGGAUCUCCCUGCUGUUUGACGUUUUUGAGUGAGAGAUGAUGGAGCAGGAGCCACACAUCCCAAGGGUGCAGCAGCUCGGGCAUGAGCUCCUGUGCCAAAGGGUGCGCCUGGGGUGGGUGCGGGAACGGGCACUGGCCCGGAGUUGUGCUGCCCGGAGAUAAGGGAACCAGCGCGGUGCGAGAGCAGGGGAAGGGACAACUUGAAACAAAGAAAACCAGUAAGUGCGCUGCGAACGGCGGCUCCGGCCCCGGAUCGGCUACAGCUGGGUUCUGUCGGAGGAUGGAGGUGAGGCCGCGCUCGGAGCUCUGACAUGGCAGCAUGACGGCCCCGGCCCGCGCUGCCACAGGCCGGCCAGAGGGAGCCCCAGGCUGUGGGAGUGAGCGCCCGGAGCAGCGACUUCGUUCUGCGGCCGCCUGAGCCUCCUUCCCCCCCGGCCUGCUUUUAUUAUUCACCCCGUGGACUCCUGACUUUUCCGCCUGGAACAUCAAUAUGUGUCAUGUUAUUGUCACCUGUCGCUCGAUGCUCUGGACCCUCCUGAGUAUUGUGGUGGCUUUUGCAGAGCUCAUCGCCUUCAUGAGCGCCGACUGGCUGAUUGGAAAAGCCAAGAGUCGCAGCGGCGCCGCGCCCGACGACCAGAGCGGAGGCUCGUCGGAGCCCUACCACCCGACCUUGGGCAUCUAUGCCCGCUGCAUCCGCAACCCGGGCGUGCAGCACGUGCAGCGGGAGACGCUGUGCGGGCCCUACGCAGAGAACUUCGGCGAGAUCGCCAGUGGCUUCUGGCAGGCCACGGCUAUUUUCUUGGCUGUGGGCAUCUUCAUUCUCUGCACGGUGGCCUUGGUGUCCGUCUUCACCAUGUGUGUGCAGAGCAUCAUGAAGAAAAGUAUUUUCAACGUCUGCGGGCUGCUGCAAGGAAUCGCAGGACUGUUCCUUAUUCUGGGUUUGAUACUCUACCCUGCGGGCUGGGGCUGCCAGAAGGCCAUAGGCUACUGUGGACACUAUGCAUCGGCCUACAAACCCGGAGACUGCUCCUUGGGCUGGGCCUUUUACACCGCCAUCGGAGGCACAGUCCUCACCUUCAUCUGUGCUGUCUUCUCCGCACAAGCAGAAAUUGCAACCUCCAGUGACAAAGUACAGGAAGAAAUUGAAGAGGGGAAAAGCCUUAUAUGCCUCCUUUAGUUUGGAAGAGACACAAAUGCCACUUUCUGCCUAUGUAACCUUGUGAAACAGCACCCCUCUGGUUUCAUCAUCUGAGUCAAGUGAAGAACUAGCCUUUAUCUACCAAAGCCUACAUUCCACAGCCUUGAGCCUUAACAGGACCAAUGAGAGGCAACAGUCACCUAAGUGAUGGCACUCGAGGACCACAGUGCAAAAUGUCAGAGAUGGAAUAUAAAAAUACUGCAUGAAGCCUGGUACAAGUUGACAAGUCUGACUUCAUCUCCCCCAAGGCUCAACAAAGGAUAAUGAUCUAAACCAUUAAGGCCGCAGUUCUUCUGGUAACAAAGGAGAUUGUGAGCUAGAUUUUCAGGCUAUUUUGAGAUGUGUUUCUGCCACAAGGCUGCAUGCCUGUGAGCAUCUCUGCCUCAGAAUGAGGUUUGGGGGUUGGUGUUUUUGUUUCCUCCUAGUUCUUCCAAGUUUUCUCAGAGACUAAAAAUGAAGACUGCAUACUUACUGGGAAGAGGGAUGUGUGCUCAAGGGCAUACAAGACACUGCCUCUUAAUUAGCUGACCGAGGGGUGAGCAGGUCAGUGUGGAAUGCUGUUAUGGAACUUAUUCUAGGCUGAAUUCCUGAGUAAGGUAGAUCUAUUGAACUGUAAUUCCAAGAUUUUAGAAAUUUGACUAAGGAAAGAAUAAGGACUUGUAUGAUCAUGAGAAUAAAGAAGAAAAUCCUGCUAGUGAAGACAAACUCAUUCCAGUUCCCAGCAGUCAGGCUAGCACCAGUACUGGCCCAGUCUCCUCUUCCAAUGGAGAUCACAUGUUUUUCUCCUAGGGUUAGGAUUGAGCUUUGACUGCCAAAGGAAACCUCACCCUGUUUCCUCAUCCCAGGAACAGAGAUCUCUAGGCCAGCUGUGGCUCAUUCAGAUGUACAGUGGGAGAACUUGCCAGAAUCUCAGCACUUGUGGGGAGACCUCUUCCCACUGGUAACCAUGUGGUAGUCAGCUGUACUUCCAACCCCAGCAGCAACUGAAUGACAUUCUUUGCAGGAAAAAAGGAGCUAGUCAUCUAAGUCAAGUUUCUCCAGUUACUGGUAUUGAUCCCGAAAGCAGACUAAAAUAACAUUAAAAUUACUGCAAUGGGUAAUUUGCAUCAAAGGCUUCAUACCCAAAAAUGCACAGAGUAGAAAGUUAAUACAAAAACGAGAGCGAAACCAAGCUUAAAGCACCUGCCUAUAACUGUUUACAAAAAUAAUGGAACACCACUAUUAAAAAGGAUUCAGGAGACUUUAAUCGAGUUUCUGUAAGUUGCCAAUAAAAUGGAUUGAGAAAAAUGGUAUUAGCCAUCACUUUAAAUUUACUUUGGAAUGAUCUCAGUGGCAAGAACCCAGUUGGGUAUUGCCCCAAGCUUCAGAACUGCAGAAUGAUACAGAAAUUUAAGCAAGUGGAGUUGGACCUGUGAGAUUUCUGGAAGAAUUAAAAGGAUAGGUCUAUUUGGGCUUAUGAAUCUGCUCAUGUGACAGCUUGCUUUGUUUUGAAAGCUUAACAAAUAAUUUACUCUGCACCUGCUCUGUGUAAGGUAUUGUAUUCUAAGUGCCAUCAGGCAUAGAACCCUGAUUCAGAUUUUACGACCUUGCCCCAGUGAAUCAUCUUCAGGCUGACUCUAAAACCAUGCCUUGGUGCAAAACAAAUAACUGCUUUAUUUGUAGAUGGAAUGGAGUGACUGAAAUUUUAUUCCCUUCUGGCCUCUGGUCUAUACCACAAAUCAUCCUAUCACACAAAUUAAAAGCUAAGGACAGGAGGGGUGGUGGUGUAGAACCUGGCCUUAAUGAGUUCACCAGUGUUCGACCAAAGUUCAAAAUAAGCACCAUGUAGUCCUAGGACUUCUUUUGAAAAGAGAAGGGGUAAAGAGGUAUCCUCAUAGCAGCCCUCGGUACAGCCUCAGGAAACAAUCCUAUCGACCACCACACAGAAAUAGGUUACGGCAGCCAAUGGACAGGGCUCCUGUCCCUGACUGUGCAUUUAUAUGCUUUCACCAAGCCUCAAUGCCCAUAGUAACUACUUUUUAAACCUGAGCAGUAAUUUUCAUUAAAAAAAAAACAAAAACAAUUCCUUUUAUCAGAAGAUUCACUCUAUUUUUUGCUGUAAAAAAUAGAGAACCCAUUUCCUAAUUCCCUAACACUAAUUUUAUACUCUAACUUUCCUUCUUACAGACAAGUUCAAGUCCUAAGCCCUGACACUCCUCUGAGCAUGUCCAUCAUCUUUACUGUCUGAUUGCUCUUCGGCUUAGGUGGUGAUGUAUCUCUGGAACACCCGGAUAACAGUAGUCACAAGCGUAAACCUUACUUGGCCAGUGUUCUACUCCAUCAGUCUGAAUGCUACAGAAAACAAAGCACAUGCACACACACAUAACCCCAAACCACUAAAAACUACUUAAGUGCUGACUUAGUAAUCAGAGAUGGAAUUUCUCUAGCAGAGACAGAGUAAGAAGUAAUGUUGGGCCUUUUAAACCUUCAGUCCAUUAGCUAGGCUUUGGGGAAAAUGGACCAUUAAAAUCAUGCUAGUCUACACCAAAACUGUACAGCUGUUUAAAAACCACUGAAUAUGAGGAAUGUGUUGACCCACACUUUGGUAAUUAAUAUCAAUCACCUCAUCACCUCAGUCUCAAAGUCUAAUACACCUGGACCAUUACUACUACCAGAAAAGUCUUAUUUAUUUUUGCCUGCAUCUGCGCUUAAAGUUUUGUGAUGGGCUGGGCUUCUCAAUGAACUCCAAGAAGGCAGAAAUAUCUGCCUUGGAUUCUGUGGAUUUUUUUAAACCUGUGUGCUAAUUCAACAAUGUUACAUUCAUUGUGUAAGGGUUUUUGUAUAGUUUUCAAACCUCUGUGGUGUAAUGAUCUUUGUUAAACAUGUAAAGUGCCAUAGUCUUUUUUUAUGUGUAGCAUAUUUAAAAAAUAUAUAUGUAUAUUAUACAUACACAAGUCUGUGUGAAAGAUGUGCAAUAACAAAGGUGUAUGUAUGUUUUGUUUUUUUUGGAAACUGGACAGGAGUCAAAACAGGGAUUGUUUCUGUUUUGGCAAAGGAGAGGUAAACAUUUUUUGCCUUCAUGGCCUAGUCAUUAACCCCGUAACAAUUUAAAUGCUACACAAACUGAUGUGAAGACAAGACUGGUAUGGAAUCAUUUAUUCCUGGGUCUAAAUUAAAAUAAUCACUAGAUUUACGUGAAAAUUAAGCCAGCACCAGGCCCAGUGAAUGCUAGUCUUUCAUGUGAAAUGUGAAGCUGCCAUGUUGCCUUUUCUGUUAGUGUGAUAACUAGUAGCUGGUACAUAAUCACUAAGGAGCUAUUUCUUAACACGCUUUGAUAGACCACGUUAAUGCUAGACCACUAUUUAAGGGCUGCUCUCACACCUUUGUAGCCAUAAGAGUCUGGCUUAGAACAGACCUCUCUGUGCAAUAACAUGUGGCCACUAGAAAUCCCUGGCCUGUAUUUGUACUGGGGCAGCAAUGACUCCCAAGGGCCAAAAGAGUUAAAGGCAUGACUGGGAUUUCUUCUGAGACUGUGGUGAAACUCCUUCCAAGGCUGGGGGUUCAUUAGGUGCUUUGGAGGAACUCAGCAUCACUUGAUAUUCAGUAGCCACUUGAGCCAAAUAGAAAAUUGUAUUUACCGCUAAUGGACUCAAUUUGAGCCUUCAAAUUUGUGGUUAUCCUAUUGUAUUGUAAACUAAUACAUUGUCUGUCUAGCAUUGAUUAGGUUCUUGUGCAUAUGUAUUUCACAAUGCCCUCCCCUCCCCAGAUCUUAAUUAAACCAGAUUUUGGAAACUCA